AUGGGGGGCUCUAGCACCAUCGUCGACGCCAUCAACUUUGUCGAUACUGCCUCCAGCCAGCGCAUCGAGCCCGGCUCUGUCAACCUCAAACCCGCCCCCUGGCCAGCGCACUUCAAGACUGAGCCCACAUCCGACCAGGUAGCCAAGAUCGCCGCCAAUGUUGUCGACACGGUGAACAACCACUUCGACAAGGUCCCCGACCUGUUCCUCGACUCCCAGGCCGGCUUCUGGCGAGACCACCUAGCCCUAACGUGGGACCUGCGCACUCUCAAAGGCAAAGACAAGAUCCGCAACUUCUUGCAAGCCGAAGCCCAAGUCAAGAAAGUGCCCCUGCAAAUCCAGAUUGACGAGUCCCAGGCUUUCCGCAAGCCGCAAGUCGGUGGGUUCGCUCCCGUCAACGGGCUCAAGGGCAUCCAGUUCUUCAUCACGUUUACAUCGCAAAAUGGCAAGGGGCGCGGUGUGGUGAGGUUGGUACAGGAGCACAAGACGGAGGAGUGGAAGAUCUGGACCUUCUUUCUCACUCUUGACGAGUACCGCGGUCACCCAGAACCCAAGGGACCCAAUAGGCCCAAGGGCGUCGAGCAUGGUGGCCAGCCAGGACGGAUGAACUGGGCGCAGAAGAGGCAGGAGGAGAUCAAUUUUACCAAAAACGAGCCCGAUGUGUUGAUUCUUGGCUGCGGCCAAGGCGGCCUCACCGCCGCCGCCCGUCUCAAGAUGCUCGGCGUCUCCUCGCUCAUCAUCGACCGCAACCCGCGCAUCGGCGACAACUGGCGCAACCGGUACCACCAACUCGUCCUGCACGACCCAGUCUGGUACGACCACCUGCCGUACCUCCCCUUCCCCGACCAUUGGCCCAUCUUCACGCCCAAGGACAAGCUAGCCGACUGGUUCGACUCGUACGCCAAAGCGCUCGACCUCAACGUCUGGCUGCGCUCCACCAUUGUCUCCUCCGAGUAUGACAACGCCCGCAAGGCCUGGAAGAUAGUCAUUCGCCGCUCCUUUAUCGAACACAUGGAACUCACCGUCUACCCCAAACACAUUAUCCAAUGCACCGGCGGCUCAGGAAAGCCCAACAUGCCGACCACCAUCCCCGGCAUUGCCGGCGGCGUCUUCAAGGGCGACCGGCUCUGCCACUCUUCGCAGUUCACCACCGCCACCCCGCUCGCCAAGCGCGGCUCCAAAAAGGCCAUCGUCGUCGGCGCGUGCAACUCGUCCCAUGACAUUUGCCAGGAUUUCUACGAGCGCGGGUACGACGUGACCAUGGUCCAGCGCUCCUCGACCUUUGUCGUGUCCUCGUCUGCGGCGCUCAAGUACCUCAUCGGCCCGCUCUACAGCGAGGGCGGGCCGGCGGUGGAAGACGCCGAUCUGUUCCUCUGGUCGCACCCGAGCGAGGUGCUCAAGACGUUGCAGCAGGACUUGACCAAGCUGACGAUUGAGCACGACGCCGAGUUGUUGGCGGGGCUGGAUCGAGCUGGGUUUAAGCUGGACAAGGGCGUCGAUGGCGCGGGUCUGUUUGCCAAGUAUCUGCAGCGGCAGGGCGGGUAUUACAUCGACGUCGGCACUUCCAAGUUGAUUGUUGAGGGCAAGAUUGCCGUCAAGUCGGGGGUGGGCAUCGCGGCGGUGGUGGAGAAGGGUUUGAAGAUGGAGGAUGGGGAGGUGUUGGAAGCGGAUGAGAUUGUGUUCGCUACGGGGUAUAGUAAUAUGCGGUCAACGGCCAGGGAGGUGUUUGGGAACGAGCAAGUAGGGGACAAGGUCGGUGAUGUGUGGGGAUGGAAUGAGGAAGGGGAGAUGAGAGGGAUAUGGACGAGGAGUGGACAUGAGGCGUUUUGGUUCCACGGAGGAAAUCUGGCGUUGGCAAGGUAUUAUUCGAGAGUUGUGGCGUUGCAGAUUAAGGCGAGUUUGGAUGGGUUACUGUAGGGGUAGUGGAGCUCAAGGUAGUGCGAGGGUUAGGUUUGUUUGAUAGGGACGUGAUGAUUAAGAAAGUCUACAGAUACAAGUUUCCCAUGGGGGUGGUUUGUCCGCCCUUUC